GGGGCAUGUUUUUGUUCUGCGCAAAAAAUGAAAAUAAUAAAAUCGUGAAAACAAUCGAAAAGUGAAGUGGAAUUCCGUACUGGAUUAGCUCUUGUGCCGUAUUUCGUGUGUUCCUAUUUUGCCUCUCCCACCCCUUAAUACACUACCCUGUUCUUAGUGAAAAGUAUUCCGUAGUAAAAUGGGCAACGCGGGCAGUAAUCUUCCUCGGGAGCGCCAUAAAUCCGGAUCGAACGAUCCCAUUCCGGGAUCGCCCAUGAAAGAUGAUCAGGCGUUCGUGUUCGAUCGGAAACCGCAACCCCAUGCUCAGGGCUACCCCUUUGUGCGCAACGAGGAAGAAAUGGACCCGUUCUCAUACUCCAAGUCCGUGCCUGAUCCAGAGUUUGCCCGUGAACCACGACAAAGGGCCAACACCAUGUCCGAAGGAUCCGCCCCAGCAGAUCUGCCUGCCGAUGGCCAGGAGCAGGAUGGACAGAAGGAAACGCUACCCACCGUCUUCAAGUGGGAUGGUGGUGGCAAACAAGUGUACAUCAGUGGAACGUUCUCGGAUUGGAAGGCGCUACCGAUGGUCAAAUCGCACGGUGACUUUGUCACGAUCAUCAACAUACCUGAGGGUGAUCAUGAGUACAAGUUCCUCGUCGAUGGAGAAUGGAAGCAUGAUCCAAAGCUGAAAAACGUUGAAAAUGACACGGGGAUCAAAAACAACCUGGUGACCGUGCGUCAGUCCGAUUUCGAAGUAUUCCAAGCGCUGGCCAAAGACAGCGAAGAUACGGGCAAGGAUGAGUCCAAGGAGUGGGGUCAAGAUAUUCCUACCAGCAGACCGUGGGGCAAGGAGUCGGGCCCACCCGUCCUUCCUCCCCAUCUGCUGCAGGUCAUUCUCAACAAGGACACUCCACUAUCGUGCGAGCCAACGCUACUUCCGGAACCGAAUCACGUCAUGCUGAAUCAUCUGUACGCACUUUCGAUCAAGGACGGUGUGAUGGUGUUGAGCGCAACGCACCGUUAUCGAAAAAAAUACGUCACCACACUGCUGUACAAGCCGAUCUAAGAGAAAUGAAAAAGCCUUUGGACCAUGUUAAACGCACUCACGCGGCCGUUCUAGAUAGGGGAGCUUAAAAAUCACACCAAAAAAAUCCUCCGCUCCUUCAGAGGUUCCAGCUAUCUUUGGCGUCAAUCUAAAAAGCAAAAAUUAACAAGGGGUCUGAUAGCUCCGCUUUUUGGUAGUACAUUAGAUCCCAAAGCCUACCAGGACGCACCAGUUGCGUUCAGUAGUAAGGCACAUCACCAUCGGGUAUUACUACUAUCUCCAUACCGUUCGACGCUAAAUGCUUAGAUUGUAGAUACGAUCAGAUGCGAUCAGAUCGAAUAUACCAAGCCUAUUGAACAUUAUUCAUUAACCCAGCGAGCUAGCAGAGGAUCAGUGCCGAUCAAUGCGGGUGAGAAGUACACGAGUUGGAUGUUGAAGAUUUGUUACGAUUCUCGCGAGGCAGCUUAGAUGUCCGCAAACAAUUCGCUGAUUCGGUUAAGACCAUAAGAACGUCGAAUUCCACAUUAGAAAAAACGGUUUCUUCGUGUAAAUAUUUUAUUACCAAGCAACAAGGCACCCAAAACAGAUGGGUUUAAUAAACGUUUUUCAACAAGCUUUCAA